AUGGCGAUCAAGAAGGAGGGGAUCAGCGACUACGAAGCCGCACGACAGGAGAAAAUCGCAAAGAACCAGGCACUGCUACAACAACUUCAACUCGACGCCGCGCAGACUGGCAUCGCGCCCAAAUCGAAACCCAAAGGUUCGUCUACCAACACCGCUGCUGGACAGAAGCGCAAGAAGACCGUAGAGAAGAAGAUCAAGGAGGAGGCCAAUGCGCCGCGACGCACAUCAGCUCGCCUCCAAGGCAUAGUCGCGGACUCUGAGGUUGCCCGGGAGAAGGAAGAGAAAGAUGCUGAAAUAAUCCGGGAGGAGCAAAGGAUUAAGCGGCAACGGGUGAGCGAGGACAUCAAUCUCGUUGAUGCCGUGGUCAACGGCAAGACAUGGAACCGAAGUGGGAACUGGCUGUCUGCAGUUGGACCUGCACAGCCAGGCGAGCGGACUUUCACCGCGCAGGACAUCAAAGAAACGAGCAACGAUGAGCUGAAGCAGUUGAGGGAGCGUAUGAGCGGGCUCGAGUUGUGGGAAGGGGCAGAGCCGAACAGAAUCAAGAUCACGCCCGAGCGGAUAUACUCUCUAGGUUUCCACCCAACAGAAGAAAAGGUCUUGGUGUUCGCUGGCGACAAGCUAGGCAACUUGGGCUUGUUUGAUGCAAGCCAGAAGAUCAAAGCUGAGCCCGCCGACGAAGAUGAGGAAGGUGGCGAAGAGGAGGGAGAUGAGAUGCAGCCCGCAAUAUCAACGUUCAAGAUCCACACCAGGACGAUCUCUGCUUUCCAGUUCUCGCCCAAUGACCCUAACGCCCUUCUCUCAGCAUCCUACGACUCCUCCAUCCGCAAGCUGGAUCUUCAGAAAGGUACUGCUAUCGAAAUUUACGCUCCCGCCGACACAGGCGCCGACGAACCCAUUUCCGGUGUCGAACUCUCCCGCAAUGAUCCCAACCUCCUCCACUUCAGCACACUUUCCGGCUCAUUCGGCAUGCACGACCUACGCACUCCAUCAACGGAAACCGUCGAACUGUUCCAACUCUCCGAGAAGAAGAUCGGCGGCUUCUCUCUCCACCCAGCGUCGCCUCACCUCCUCGCCACCGCCUCUCUAGACCGGACGCUCAAACUCUGGGACCUCCGCAAGAUCACCGGCAAGAGCGCGAACCGUCACCCAACGCUUCUAGCUGAGCACGAAAGCCGGCUAUCGGUCUCCCACGCCGCCUUCAACUCUGCCGGACAGAUCGCCACAGCGUCGUACGACGACACAGUCAAGAUCCACAACAUGCCUUCCAACCCUACGACUUCGAUGGAUCUGGAGCCGACGACCAGGAUACCGCAUAACAACCAGACUGGACGAUGGGUCACUAUCCUGCGAGCGCAAUGGCAGUUACAGCCACAAGAUGGGAUUCAGAAACUCGCGAUUGGGAAUAUGAAUAGAUUCGUCGAUAUCUAUACCGGGUCUGGGAAACAAGUGGCGCAACUGGGUGGGGACAACAUUACGGCAGUGCCUUCGGUGGCGAUGUUGCAUCCGACUAAGGAGUGGGUAGGGGCGGGGACGGCGAGUGGGAAGUUGUGUCUUUGGAUGUGA